AUGCAGAUGCAGAUGCAGAUGCAGAUGCAGACGCAGACGCAGAUGCAGAUGCAGAUGCACACGCAGACACAGACGCAGAAGCAGAUGCAGAUGCAGACGCAGAAGCAGAUGCAGAAGCAGAUGCAGAUGCAGAUGCAGACGCAGAUGCAGAAGCAGAUGCAGAUGCAGAUGCAGACGCAGACGCAGACGCAGAUGCAGACGCAGAUGCAGACGCAGACACAGACGCAGAUGCAGAAGCAGAUGCAGAUGCAGAUGCAGACGCAGACGCAGAUGCAGACGCAGACGCAGACGCAGAGGCAGACGCAGACGCAGACGCAGAGGCAGAUGCAGACGCAGACGCAGACGCAGAUGCAGACGCAGACGCAGAGGCAGACGCAGACGCAGACGCAGAUGCAGAUGCAGAUGCAGACGCAGAUGCAGGGCAUGCGAUCACAGACCUGA